AUUGGUGCAAUGGCAUGCUCUCCAACAGGAAGCAAAUCAAAUUCUCACCCUCAUCGCAAGCAAGAGGGCUACUUUGCGCCAGCUGGCGGUUGGAGGUAGUGUCGCUGAUGUCGAGGGUCAGAAGAAGCGUUUGGAUACUUUCGCGAAGGCGUUAUCAACCCUGGACGAGAGAACUAAGUUACUCGAUCGUACCGCAAACGAUUUGAUCGCUAACAAUCACAUGGAAAAGAACAACAUUGACUUGUCCAGAAAGAAGGUUCAUGAUGCGCUGUCACUCCUGCAUCGUGAUGUCGAACAACGAUCUCAUGUUCUCAAUGAUGCGUUUAUGGUAGCAGCUUUUGACCGCGACGUGGCUGACACAGAAGCCUGGAUUGAUGAAAAACUCAAGGGAAUUCGACUUGAAAAGGAGCGCCAAGGACAGUGUACUUCCAUCGAAGAUAAGAUGAAACGUCUCCAAAAACAUCAGGCUCUCGAAGCAGAAUUGGCGGCGAAUCGUAAACGGGUAGACCAAGUACUACAAAGAGGAAAAGAACUUCAUGCAAAGCAUAGAGAUGCAGGGAUCACGUCUCGCUGUGAUGGGCUGUACAAUCGUUGGAUGACCCUAGUAGAAGCAUGUGCUGAACAAUCGCGUGCAUUGGAAGAAGCUCGAGAUCUGCUUACUUUCAGGCAAUUAGUUGACCGCGUGAUGUCAUGGGCCCAUGAGCGAGAGCUCAUGGUGACUGCCGGAGAAAUGGGACGUGACCUGGAGCACUGUAAACUUCUGAUUGAUCGGUAUGUCUUUGAAGUUUUGGAACAAAGGUAG